AUGGAUUUGAUAAAGGAAGAGUCUACUAAAGAGCAAAAGAUUUUCAAAAGAGAGCUUAAUAAAAAUCAGCACAUCAUAAAGACUAGAAAAUAAAACUAUUCAAGACAGAGAAAGAGUCAAAAUAAGCACAAGGGAAAUCGAGAACUUGCUUGGCAAUAAGGGUGGAUUUAUCAACCCUUUCGGGCCAAGAUUCCAAUUCCAGGACCAAGCUAGCCUUAUAAAAAGGGCUAGUCAUUACAAACAAGUCUGGAAAGAUGUUUAUAAAUACACUCAAGGAGAAUCAAUAGCUAAAGGACUGGGGAUUACAGACUUUAUCAUCCAGCAGAACUUAAAAUAAGAACAUUAUUUCUCACUUGAAAUUAUUGAGUAAUUCCAAAUAUUUGGUGUUUCAAGAUAAGGAGAUAUUCACUGAUUACCUGACAGAGAUAUUUAUUGAACCACUACAGCUGAAAGCUGGGUGGGACAAUAAAAUUAAGUAACCUGAUUAUGGAAUAUGAACAAUUGAUCAAGGACGAUCAAUUCUUCAAUGAACUUAAAUAAUGAACAAUUCCCAUUGACCAAGAAAGCAAGAAUGAAACUCAAAGGAUUGGUCACAGCACAAGAGUUCAAUGCACAUCAAAGAGGCAGAAUGAGUCCGAUUAAAAGCAAACCGCCUACAAGGGAAGAUAGCUCAUUGACUUUGGACUCUUUGCAAGAGCAACCUUUUAAGAAGAAGAAUUUACCAAAUUCUUCAAGAAGAUCAAGGAACAAACAUGAAGGGGCUCGUAAUCAAUACAAGACAGAGGUAUUGACUAAAAAGAAGGCGAUCAAAAGAUUUUUCAACUCUAAUGCCUUUAUCAAACAUCAAGAGAGAUUCUGAAACAUUUUGGAUGAGAGAAAAUCUACAGACAAAUUUAAUGCUUACAGGAGGACGAGUUUCCUCACCUCAUUUAGUAGCCAAUUAGACGCAACUCGGAGAAAUAAAUAAGAAGCCUAAAGCAAGGAGAAUAUUUAGUUCGUCAAAGCAAAGAAACAAACAAUCUAGCAAUCUGAAGAGACUUAAGUCAAUAGUAUUUAGAGAUAUAAGAUCUCAAGGAGCUCAGCAAAGGCCCAGAAUCAACCCUGAAAAGAGUCGUUUUAAUAAAGAUAUAAAAUUUGAAAAGGAGAAAAAGAUGAACCAAACAAUUAGUCUUCCUCCUAAGAAGAAGAAUUUGUACCACAUGACCCAUAAUUUCAUAAAAAGUAAAGAGAUUAUCCAAAGCAAUGAGAUAACCAUCACCUCAAAUCUAAAACCUGGAGUAUCAAAUUCAUCAAUCAACUCCCCCUCCAACACUCUCCAUCACUACAUCAGCCCACGAAAGACCACAUUUCCAAAACCCAAAAAUUUGACCAAAAUUCUCAAAAAUCUAAAAAGGCUCAAAUCUCCUGAAACCAGAAUCUCGCCAUCCUCUCUUACCUCCAAUCUCCCUUCUCCUUCCUUCUGAUGGUCAGAGACCCCUAGUGCUAACUUUAUCAAAAUCCCCUUGGCACACAAGGGAAAUAAAGGAACCAAACUUUUACAGUUGCUUGAAGCCAAGCUUAAUAUUAACCAAGAUUUAUUAUAA